AUGCCGCACCGAAAGCUCUCAAACUACAAUUUGCCUACUACGGUAGCUGUUCUGGUAGUGGCUGUGGGAGUGGCGGUCGCCUUCCCCUCAGACCUGUACGCCCCUCACCGUCCUUCGUACAGAAAUACGCCCAAACCAUAUAACUAUGCCUAUGAUGUCAACGACCAUUACGCUGGCACCGACUUCGGACACAAUGAAGACUCGGACGGCAAGACUGUCAAGGGAUCCUACAAUGUGCAGCUUCCUGAUGGCCGCAAACAGACGGUGAAUUACAUGGCAGACCACUACAAUGGCUACCAGGCCGACGUCAAUUACAACGGCGAGGCUCAGUUCCCCCGUCAGUAUGGCUCCGCCGUCACCUACAGGCCACAGCCAUACCACCCCCAGCCUUCCUACAGACCCCGACCUUACUACCAUUAA